AUGGAGGAGGAGGAGGAGGUGCAGACGCGCUCGGUGGAGCACAUCCUCGCCCUGCUGAUGGCGCAGACCACGACUCUCGUCAGCUGGCAGGCGGCCCGGCGCUGGGCAGCCGGGCCGCCGGCGGCGGAGGCGGCCGGGGCGGCGCGGGCCGGGCGCGACCUCCUGCGCGCCGUGGAGCGCUUCGCCCGCCUCGGGGAGCUGCUGGCCGCACAGGAGCACGAGCUGGAGCCGGCCGCACUGCGGGCCAGCGCCGAUGUCCGCGGGGCGGGAAGGAGGAUCGCGGAGCUGAUGGGCGCAGGUGUCCCCGGAGGGCAGGAGAAUGAGGACGAACCUGCUCCGGAUAGAGGUCAGAGGUCAGCGCUCCCGGACGCCGUGCCGGAGCAGCCCGGGCUGGCGCGAGCGGCCCGCCUGCUGCUCUCCUCCGUGGCACGCACCCUGCUCCUGGCCGACCGCGCCGCCAUUAAGCACAUCGUCGGGUUCCGCAAUCAGGUGCUGCAGAGUCUGGAGGGCCUGGAGAGAGCGGAGAGCCCUGCGGAGAUGGUGCUGGCCUUCAACGACUUCACCGAAGCCAUCGAGCCCUUCGUCAACCUCUCGGCCGAGCGGGAGCGGGAUCUCAAGGACGAGCGGCAGGCGGCGCGGAUCGGAGUCGCUCGGGAUGUGCUGGAGAAGGCCCCCAUGAUGAUGCUCGCUGCGUGCAAGACGCUGCUGUCGCACGGCGGCUGCGGGGCUGCGCGGGCGGCGCGAGAGCGCGUGCUGGGCCGCGUGCGCUCAGCCACGUGCCGAGUGGUCGACAUCGUCGCCGCCGAGACGACCCACGCGGCAGGCGGCGGCGGCGGUGGCGGGAACCGCGGCCCCACCGGCACCACGCUCUUGCCCGACGGCACGGCUGCGUCGUUGUCCCCCGCCGUGGCGACGCGCCCACCCGGCUCCCCUCCGUGCGGCCCCACGCUCCGGCGGGACGAGGAGCGGCCCGUGCCGGCAACGUCGGUGACGGGUUCGGGCCCCGGCACGUGGGCCGGCGUCCCCGGGCGGGCUGUGACAGGCGGGGCCCGGAGGGAGGAGGACGCUCGCGACAAAGCUCUUCCCUGGCUGUGCGGCGCCGUGGACACGGUCAAGACGCACGUGGAGGGCCUGCGCGAGGGCCGCCUGCAAGCGAGGCAUCUGGAGCGCGCGCGGCUGCUGCUGCUGCUGGGCCCGGCGCAGAGCGGCGUCCGCGACUUCACGGAGGCGGCGUGCGUGAGCGGCGAGCACCGCGACCGGCUGCUGCGGCUGUGGGCGGAGGCGCAGGUCCGCGUCGACGCGAUCGCCGGCGCCGUCGAGCAAGCGGUUCCUCUGGAGCAGCAGUUCCAGCGCGGCCACGAGAUGGAGCUGACUCUCAUCGCCGCGUGCCAGACUCUGGAUCAGCUCAAGAGACAGCUGCAGGUGGCGGCCGUGGCGGGCGCCAUGCGUCUGCUGUCGUCACGGCCGGGGGAGCGCACCCUGGCUCGCCUGCCCGAGGAGGCCGCCACGGGCCACGCAGGCGCCGUGCGCGAGCUGGCCGCCAGCCUCUCCGAGCGGCAGGAGGCCCUGUCCGAGGUUUGCCGACUGCUGCGACACGUGGCGGAGACGGAGCCUCUGGGCAUCAGGUGCUCUCACCUCGACGACUGCAUCCAGUCCACCGUGCAACAGAUUCUCUCCGCGAGCCAGGUGCUGGAGCAGAACCCUGAGAGCCGAGCGGCGUUCGAGCUCCUCGAGGUUUGCCGCCAGGCGUGGGCCGAGUGCCUGGCGGCACUCACCGUGCUCGUGCGCGACACCGUCGACACCUCCUACGAGAAAGGCUCGAGCCAAUCUCUGCACAGCCACGGGGACGAGGCGGAGGUGGCUCGCCUGGCCGCCGGCGUGCGGGAGCGCACGAGCGAGCUGGAGGCCGAGGUGGAGCGCUGGCCACGCGGCGGCGGCGGCGGGGGUGGCCAGGAGGAGAAGGAGGACGCGGCCGUGCUCCUCUGUGUGCAGGACGUGUGCAACGCGGCCUACGCCACGUGCCUCCUCGCCAAAGGAGGUGGAGGAGGAGGAGGACUGCACAAAUGCACGCCCGACCUUCUCAAGAAGGCCGCGGUACUUGCAGAUGAGUGCGUGAAGUUGUCGUCCUUGUUGGAAAACAUUAUGAGUAAGCUGGCGCGCGGCGAGGGGCAGCCGAGGCUGGGCGUGGAGCAGGCGAGGCUGUGCGUGACGGCCGUGCGAGACGCCAGCGCUGUCCCCGUUCAAGAGGCAACUGCAAAGGUAGCGGCCGUGAUGCAGGCAGCGGAGGACUUGCUGGCAACGCUCCUGCCCACCGUGCAGAUCGCUCGGAUGUUGAAAGAGAAGAUGGGAGCGUAGCAGCGUUCAGAUUCACCUGGGCCCCAUGGAGACAGCGGAGGCAACCUCCCAUUGCUGCCCGAGAGACGUCAGCAAACACACGGGCGCAAGUGUUCAUCAUCCAGACCUCUCGCUCGAAGCACCAUCAUCAUCAUCACCGUAUAAUUGCAAUUUCACUGGCAGCGUGACGAAUGUGUGCGGCCGCGGUGCGUGCUUUUCCUAAGCUUUGCAUUUGUGAACAAGGCUUUAAUGAUUUAAAGCUUUCGUGACUGCAGGGAUUAAUCUUCUUGGUUCUUUCGGUCGCUCCAAGCCUGGGGCGUGUCAUUCAGACUGUCUUCUCGACAGACCUGUUCUCCACCUAAGGACGGCUGCUUGCGUUGUGGCCGAAACGUCGUGAGAAUUAUUUUGUUUUAUUUUUAUUAUUUCCAUUCUACGUGACUUUACCGAAAGAACCAAAAAGAAGGCUUUAAUGGUUCAGUGCAGAUUUCCACAAUCCCGCUUGUGACUAUCCCCCCCCCGUGUUUACCAUGAUACUGGGUUCCUCCCCCCCCCCCUCCUCUACCACAUGGAUCUCAUUUUACGCGUCGUCUCCGUUGUGUUCCGACCAUUUUCUGUUGAUGUGCUUCACUCUCCAGUUUAUUGAGAUCCAAUUUGCAUGAAGAAUGCCAUAUGAGAUAAAGCUAUUAUUAUAAUUCGUAAUAAAGGCAUGGGGGGUCCUAAAGUGCCUAUGAAAAAUGAUCGGCAGUCCAUGUAUUAUCCACAAACGAAACCGCCAGAAAUAAAUUGGAAAAAAUGUUUUUUAUUGUAAUUCAAUUUAAUCUCAGCUGUACAGUAGUCAAAAAUACCCGAAUGCAGAUUUGAGCUAAUACAAAAGGUCACAGCUAUUAAUAGAUAUUUAAUCGCAUUGGUUUUUUUUAUUCAUCAACAUUUAAGCAGCUGCUUCCAACAUUAAAGCCACAAAAACACCUAUUACGCUUACAACAAACCCACAAGUAAACUUAUAUGCCUCUGAUAUAAUCUCUGGAAUAUAAGUUCAGCUUUCCCAAGAUCACGAUACUUAUCUGUUUACAAAAUAAUUGCACUUUCUUCCUCUAACCCCGCACGACCAAAAAAAAUAAGCUUUGGCAUUGAUUGGCAAGCUGUAAUUAAAAUUCCACAGGGCCUGCAAAUUUUACUGCAUCCCAUUUGCGCAAUUUAUUCAGUGCCAUUGAUCACGAAGCCCGCCACUCAGACCGACUUAGAAUUUCUAACACUUAAUCAAGCACCACACACACUUAACACUGGCUUUAGUAAAAAAAAACACUUAAAAAUAUCUACUCUUUAUAACGCGUCUAAAACAGAUUUUCUCGUUUUCAAAAUAGUGUGAUUAGGUCACGCUGAAACGCGACGUACAUAAAUGUAUCUCUGGGGUGGUCGAGGGAAAAGUUCAAACCAAACCACUUUGCUUAACAUUGGCAGGGAUGCAUUUGGCAGAUACAUUCAUUAUUUAUCCACGCGACAUCAAUCAAAUAUACAGAUGAAUAGCAGCAACUUAAGAAUGCAAUAAAUAUCAAUAUUAAAGAAAUAAUUGCUAAACGACCACAGCUUCUCUAAGCGAGUUUUAAAAAUCUAUUUGUACACAGGCCUUACAAUCAUUGCCAUUAGUCUUUCCAUCAUUCAUCGGCCUACUAUAGCAAGCGACUCAAUAAGUUAAAGAUUUACUACAUGCCUUUGUCAUUCAUGGCGUUUGCAUGUUGUACCUCACAAUGACAUCGACUUCACAGCGAUAACACCAGGCGAUCAGAUAACAAAUAAUGGCUCUACGCUCACCGCUGGGUUCAAUCACUGUUAGGAUGUAACCCGCACCCCCCACAGGGUGCAAGUAACCCAAUGAUUAGGACACACCUCUCAAGCCGCAGUCUCAGUCACCAAUAACAUCGCACGGGAGGCAUCAACAGGAUUACUGGACAGUUGCACUCGCUCGCGUACGUUGCAACGCCUUACAUCCCCCGACGAUAUUUACACCAUCGAGGCUCCAAAAACAACCGCAAUUACACAAACUCAACCUCACCACCCCCCCUCCCCCCUCUCCCCGUUUGUCUCGACCCGACUUGCAGGACACGUGGUAAACAAUUUCAAUCAAGCCGUUCUCAUUCAUUCAAGUAAAUUGCACCUUCAAUCGUAUUUUUCGACAUCUGCGACUGCUGCGUAAAUUAUGCUGGAUUCGGGCUCAUUAUACGAAUUCACC